AUGAAGGGGGCAGGGCGCAAAGAUGCUUCAGAGCACAUUCAGAGUAAAGCACCAUGCCCACACAUGUGGGGCGAAGGGGCUGGGUUUUCAGGUAAGGGGGUGUGGCUUGAACCUUGCUUCCUAUUCAAAAAACAGACGACCGUCCUGAGUGGAACCCUGGAGUCCUGCUGGUUGGGCGCCUCGCUGCUUGGAGAUCCCAGGAGUCCGGCUUUGCUGGCCGGCUGCCUCUUCCAGCCAAUGGCAGGUCCCCGGCCCGUACGGCUGCCCAGCCCAACCUCCUCCAUCCCCGCCGGCUCCCCAAGCGGGCGGAACCCGACUGCAAGGGGGAAGAAGAGCCGGAGCAGGCCCUAGCGGGUGAGUGGCCAUGGUCGGCAGGAGCCUCCCCUCUUCCGUUUCGCCUGGGCCUGCUGCGAUCCCUCCUCUACUGA